CGAGGAGCUUGAAGAGGAGAAGAAGCAGUGGAUGGAAAAGAUCUGCCAGAUGCAAGAUGACUUUGCUGCCAUGCGCAUCGAGUACGACGCUCUUGUUGCUGAGAAGGAGAACUGGCACCGCGAGUCCAUGGAGAUGCACCACAUGGUCAACCAGCUCCAGUUCGACAAGGAGGAGCUUGUGCGCAACCACACUCUUGAAACCGGCGAGCUUCGCAAGAAGGUCUCUGUCCUUACUGAACGCCUCGAGGCUGCUACUAGCAAAAUCGAGAAGGUCCAACAGCAAAAACCGCAAAAACAGAUGGAGAACAGAAAGCAAGCCGAACUUGCAGAGCAUUAA